AUGGUAUACAGAAAGAGAAAGUAUUUAGCGCUGCAGCAAGAAAAUGAUGAUAGUGGCGACACAGCUACUGAUCAACAAAUAAAUCGGUUAAGUGGAGAAAUUAAAAAUCAUGCACGAAAUAAUAAUAAAGAAGCGAUGAGAACAUUGGCAAAGAAUAUAGUCAAAAUGAGAAAUCAAAAGAGUCGUUUAUAUGGUGCAAAAGCUCAGUUAGAAUCAGUAGAUAAUGCUGUCAAAAAUCAAUUAGGUAAGCAACAUAAUCCAUUGAACAAAACUACAUUGAAAAUUGGCGGAGCAAUGCAAAAAAGUAAUGAGAUUAUGCAAUCGAUGUCAAAACUGAUGCAUAUGUCUGAAAUGCAUGCUGUAUCACAACAGUUUGCGAAAGAGUUAAUGAAACUGGGAGUGAUGGAAGAAAUGAUUGAAGAUGCAACAGCUAUAAUGGAUGAAGAUGUUGAAGAGGAAGCCGAUGAAGAAGUAACAAAAGUGCUGAGCGAAAUUCUAGCUGAUAAAGUUAAAAACAUGCCAACAGUAUCUGGUCUGACUCCAGUCGGAGCAACUGCUGCAGCUGCAGCCAUUUCUGAUGAUGAAGACCAAGAGUCAUUUGAAGCGCGAUUGCAAGCACUAAGAAGUUAA